CUAAUUGGAUUGACUUGACAUUGACAUUCAUUUUCAUUGACAGCUCUUUCCAUUCCAUCUUUCGUAACGUAAAUAAAAAUAAAAUAAAAUACAAUAGCACAGAUUUUCUAAGAAAAAUUCAUCGGCACCGCCUCCUCUGUUGCUUCUAUCUUAAUAAAUAACAAUUUAUUCAUUAAAUAAUUAGCGGUGGCGCAUAGAGUUUAAUUUCGAAAUGAGUACCAUGGACGAGAUAGAGGAAGAAGCCAAAGCGGCGGCCGAAAAAAUGGUAAUGAAUAUGAUGCAAAGACCUGGACAACUGGAAAAGGUGGAACAGUUUAAAAAAAGGAUUACACACAAGAAAGCAUCAAUUGAGGCCCAGCUGAAGUCUGCAGUGCAAGGAAAACUGGACGGGGUCAGUGUGGGCCUUAAACAGCUGCAGGAGUGUUUGGAUGAUAUUCAGCAAAUCAGCCUCAAGAUGGACUCGCUGGAGGAGCAGCUGGCGGGCGUGCCGCGGCUGCUGGCGGCGCUGCAGGCCGUGCGCGAGGAGGACAGCCGCCACUCGCAGUACGUCACGGCCAUGGACAGCCUCAAGCACAUCUUCACGGUGCCCGAGAGCGUCGCCAAGACUAAGGACUGGAUCGCGGAGGGGAAGCUGCUCCAUGCUCAUCAGUGUCUCACAGAUUUAGAGAACUCUAGAGACGAUUUACUAUACGAACUGCACAGAUUACCGAACCAGUCCUCCCAUGACAAAAUCAUGCUGAAGGCGUAUUUCGAAGACGUCGAAAUGGUUUCCAACAUGCUCGAGAAGCAGAUAAAAUUGAUUUUAUCGCGGACUCUGAAUACCGUCCGUAAAGAGCCCACGGUUAUCGUGACUGCUCUAAGGAUUAUUGAACGGGAGGAGAAAAGGGAUCAAAUGGCAUUGCAGCAACAAAGUCAAUCGGGCUUCAUGCCACCCGGCAGACCAAAGAACUGGCGCGCAAAAGCGUUCGAAGUGCUCGAAUGUGCCGUGGCCCAACGGAUCGAAGGCACGAGGGUUGAUGAAAGAGAAGACAACAAACUAUGGUUGGUGAGGUACCUGGAGCUGACGAGGCAGUUGAUUCUGGAAGACCUGAGAGUGGUGAAGACAUUAUGCGUGCCGUGCUUCCCGCCUCAUUACGAUAUUGUCAACAAAUAUGUCAAUAUGUAUCACACAUGUUUGUCGUCCAGUUUACAAGAUGUGGUGCAAAGCGGCGUGGAAGGCAACGAAUAUGUGACUUUACUGUCAUGGGUUCUGAACACCUACCCUGGACAUGAACUGAUGGGGAACUCGGAACUAAACAUAGAUGUGUCCACACUGCCGCAACUGCUUAGCGAGGAGAUCAUGAAGAAAUUGGAGGACGAAUAUUUACAAAAAAUGCAGUCAAACUACAUGGAGUGGAUGGACAAGACACUGGAGUCAGAACAAGCGGAGUGGGGCGCCUCGCGCGCGCCCGACGUGGAGCCCCACUCCGGCGCCUUCCACACGCACGCGCCCGUGCUCAUCUUCCAGAUGAUCGACCAGAACUUGCAGGUGACAGAGACGAUCAGCAAAGACAUCACAUUCAAGGCGUUAGUUCUGAGUGUGGAGCAGGUCACAAGAUUUGGUAAUAUGUACCGGGAAGGCGUUAUCAAGUUCAAGAACUGCCACUUCGCCGACCGUUCCCGCGUCGCGUACUUCACGCACCACAUGAUAACGAUCGUGAACAACAGCGAGCAGCUGUCGCGCCUGGCGCAGCUGACGCAGGCGGCGCACUGGCCGCCCGCCAGGCUCGACCCGCAGGCCGAGGCCAAGUUCGACAACAUGCUCGCCAGCUUCCAGAAAUUGAGAGACGAAGCCGCACAAUUCCUCUUAGAAGAAGCGUUCCUAGACCUCGAGGUUCACUUCGACGACCUAUUCACAACAAAAUGGGUCCUAUCCAGCAUUCCAGUUGACACUAUAUGUAUCACGCUAGACGACUACUUCCAAGACUACAAUCAUUUGAGGGAAAAGAAUUUCGAGUAUGUGAUAAACGAGGCGCAGAAUUUGGUAUAUAAGAAGUAUAUAACGGCUAUGUUGUCGAAAAGGAUAGUUUUUAAGACUGUGGAGGAAGCGCAGCAAGCUUCGACGAAGAUAGUGAAAGAGGCGAACCAAAUUAGGUCGUUUUUCAAGAAGAUCGCACCAGAUGGCGUCAAUGUUGAUUGGCCGUUUGAAGUCAUUAGUAUGUUGGCUGAGGUGAUCCGCUGUCAAGACAUAGAAAUGCUAUCGCUGGACCUUCACGGCGUGGUGGCCAAGUGCCCGGACAUGACGGAGGAGCAGCUGGCGCGGCUGCUGGCGCUGCGCGGCGACGUGUCGCGCGCGCACGUGCGCGACAGCGUCGCCAUCGCGCGCGGCGCCCGCCCGCGCUCCGCGCUCCACGCGCACCACGCGCACCCCCCACUUUUCCAGAAUAUCACUUUCAGCGAUCGGCUGUUGGGACAUUUUGCGCUAUAGCGCCCGUCCGCGCCUGAUAAAAGGCGCGCAUCGGUAUUAUAAUUCAGUUAUAUGGUAAUCUUGUGUAUGUGUUGCGAUUUCCAAUUAAAUUUGUAGGUUACAAAUUAUGUCCGGCCGUUUCCAAUGUUCUAUUGAACAAUGUUUUUUGGUGACUUAACUCUAGUAAGCCUAUCUGUUUACUAUAGAUUGAAUAUUGUGAACGACAGAAUAUAUUAAAGUUAUAAUAGUUGUAAUAUGUAAUCGUUGAAAUGAUUUAUUCUGUGUUUUUAAUUUGAUAGUGGUACACGAAACCAUUUUUUAAAAACGUCGCGUUGUCCAUGAUUUUAUAUUUAUGUAAAUUACUAGAAUAGAAGUACAUAAGUAUAUUUUAAAGAACAUUAUAAACUAUAUGCUUAGUAUUACAUACUUUUAUUGAUAGCUUAACGAGGCCCAGUUCGGGUGGGAAUCUGGGCAUAGCUACAUAUUUUUCCUAUCAAUCGAGUAGUUCUAGACAUGGAUAAUGUAAGAGAAAACUAGAAAAGAAAUAUACUUAAAAACAUUUAAAUAUGCCUGAAUUUUUCCUCCAUUUAGUCAUGGCAACAAAUAGAAUAAAAUUCUAAGUAAGUUCCCCAUUAGAAAACCUUUGAUCCGUCGAUUUAAACGGAUUAUACUCUACGUAAAAUGGCUAAAAUGCUACAUGCGUAUCAAAGGAUUUAAAAUUUAAUUACCUGCUGGCCCGUGAGGUUUUCACUUUUGGUGUGGGAUUCUCGGGGGCUUGUUCAGUUAUUUAAUAAAUUACGUCACUUCAGUCAUCGGCACGUGACAGGCGGAGAUAAAUCUAUUUAAAUAAAUAGAUAAUAAAUCUAUAAAGAAACUAAUUAAUAAUGUUUAAUGUCAAGAGCUCCCGAUCUGUAUAUGUUAAUAAGAACGAUAAAUAAGGUUACAUUAGUUAUGAGUUUAAAGAAUUUUGUCACAUUUUGUUGUAAUUUAAAAAUAUGCUUACGGGGCAAAAAAUCGAUCUAGUUAUAACCGAUUUCUGAAAAAUUCGUUUAUUCGCCAAUAGGGUCGUUUUAUUUGUUUUAACGCGAUUAUUUUGGAAUUACAUAGCUGAUUUGAAAAAUGUAUUACUGUCUUGAAAUUCUCAUGGGAACAUAAACUUUGAGCAUAGCUUAUUUGUAAUAUUCCUUUAUGUAAUUAAAUUUAUAUUAUAAUUAUAACGUAUUUUAUAGAGUAUUCCAGAUUAUGCAUAUAUAAAGUGAUUACAAUGAUAAAAUCAUAUUAUAUUAUUCUUAUAUUAAAA